GGAAAUCAAUGUCUAGAGAGGGUGGGCGCAGGCAACAAAACUCAAAACUCAAAACUCAAAACUCAAAACUCAAAACUCAACUGAGAUCCUACUAACUACCUUUGGUUAAUGGUUAAGAGUUUAGAUACUCCUAUAUAUAUAUAUUGCAUCAACCAUAGUCAUAGAUCAUGGAUCAUACAUCAACAAUGGCUAUGCAACUUGUGGUUGUGGACACCAACACCACCGUUACAGAACAACACGUCACUCCCACCGAACUCACCAAAAUUUCUCUCCUCAGACCCAUUCUUCAACCUCUACAUCCCUCUUCUAAGGAUGAGGAUGAUUUGACGCUUAGAAGAUUCCUGCGUGCUCGUGAGUUAGAUGUGGAGAAGGCUUCAGCAAUGUUCCUGAAGUACUUGAAAUGGAGACAUUCUUUUGUUCCAAACGGUUCUAUAUCUAUCUCAGACAUUCCUAACGAACUUGCACAGGACAAGGUAUUCGUGCAAGGACACGACAAGACAGGUCGACCUAUAUUCAUUGUCUUCGGUAGAAAACACUUUCAGAACAAAGAUGGUCUAGAUGAAUUCAAACGGUUUGUAGUCUAUGUUCUUGAUAAAUUAUGUGCUAGUAUGCCACCUGGGCAAGAAAAGUUUGUUGGUAUAGCAGAACUUAAAGGUUGGGGAUACUCUAACAGUGACGUGCGUGGAUACGUUAGUGCUCUAAGCAUUUUGCAGGAUUACUACCCCGAAAGAUUGGGGAAGUUGUUUAUUGUCAAUGCACCAUACAUUUUUAUGAAAGUGUGGCAAAUUGUUUACCCGUUCAUUGACAACAAAACCAAGAAGAAGAUAGUAUUUGUGGAGAAAAAUAAAGUGAAAUCAACCCUGCUAGAAGAAAUAGACCACAGUCAGCUCCCAGAGAUAUACGGUGGCCAACUGUCAUUAGUCCCGAUUCAAGAUAGCUAAUUAAGAGUAUGUUUAAAGGUAUCUUGGAAGUGUUUUUAGAAAUUUUUUUUGAGAAAUUUUAAAAAACACUUCCAAUCUUAUAUAUAAACAUACUCUUAAGUAACACAAAUACAAGGAAAGGCCAUUCAUUGUUGUUUAAUAUUUAUGUUUGUAUGUCAUUUUCUUUUUAUCCAAAUAUUUUACACUUGUAUCAUUGUAUCAAUAUUCAAUAAACCCACUAUGAUGGGCUUAAUAGUGAGAUUUUAAGUACCAUCAUUGUACACAAAAAAAUAUAUCAAUAUUUAAUAAUAGAAAAUUGGAAUAAUUCUAAGAUGA